AUGAGCCAGCUCCUUGCUCAAAGGUAUCCCGAAUAUGCACCCAGACCGGUGCCGAAAGCCUCGCCGCAAAUCCAGAAAGUCAAAGCAGCUGAAGCCAAGGCUGAAGCCAAGCCAAAAGUGUCCGAGCAGGGCGCACAGGGUAUCAAAAAGCAGUCCGGAUAUGUUGCCAGCGAGCGAGGAGCGCAGAAGAGCGGUGUUGACUAUUCCAAGUUUGAUAAAAUAGAGGACUCGGACGACGAGAAGCUGGUCCCAAAGCAGAGCCUGACCUUACCCAUGGGUCUUCCAAGGGACGCUGUUUCGCGGCAGGACUACGACAACGUUUGGCGGGCUCUGCUGCAGGAUAAGCGCCUCCCUUUCACACCUGCACCAGACUUGGACCAAAUGUGGGGAUACUACAAGUAUGGAGGCAUGGACGAGCAGGCCUUGCUUGAUCAGGCCUGCGAAGUCCUCGGCAAGUUCCCCUGCAGAUUGGACCCAGCAGACUGGAAAGCCAAGACGUACACUCUCACCAAGAAGCUCGAAAUGGAGAGCCGUGAGGAUGAGGCCCGAAUGUGGUCGAUAAUAUGCAUCCUGCGCUUUCCAGAUGCAGACGCUUACUACAACCAGGGCGUUCUGCUCAACAAACUCUGUGACAAAGUCAAGUUUGGUGGUGCCACCCAGGUGAAGCUGCCUGCGCUGGAUGCUGCACAGGCAAAGAUGGUUCCUGUAGAGCAGUACUGCUCACUGUUCUCUCGGGCUGCUGUGAGCUUCUACCGGAAGUCCUUGAAGACAGAUCCCAAGCAGCGACCUGCCUACAUCAACUUGAUAGGCAGCCUUGAGCGUAACGAACCGGCGAACUGGUACACCGAUGUGCACGAUCUGGCAAUCACAGCAGUUAAGCACGGCAUUUGGUAUACGAAGUGGCAACGACCACCACAUUUUGUUCCAAGCUUGCCUGCCAAGCCUUUCCAUGACAGCAAAGACUUUGCGCUCUCACGGGCUUUAGAGGAGAACUUCCCAAUCAUUAAGGCAGAGUUCGAGGCCUACAUGGAGAAGCUCGCAAACCGCAAGGAUUGGGAUGACUCGGACAGAACCCCAGGACUUGGUGACGUCGGGAACCGUCCUGGUGCUUUACACGACGGUGGCUUGAGAAAGUCUGGGAAGUGGCAAGAGGUGCCACUUUUCACAAAUUGCACGCAGCAGCACGAGUACACGGAACAGUUCCCAGAAACAACUCGCAUUCUGCAAACGCAUUGCGCAGAUGCCACCGGAUUGGCGUUUUGUGGUGGAGGAGAUGUCAUUUUUAGCGUUCUUACGCCUGGGACCCGAUUAAGGCCGCAUUGCGGUCCUAGCAACGCGCGCCUGACUUGCCAUCUUGGCAUCCGGGUACCGCGCUCCUGCCAGCAAGGCUGCUACAUCCGUGUGGCUGCCGAGGAGCAGCGAGGCUGGCAAGAGGGACGUUGCCUCGUCUUUGAUGACUCCUUUGAACAUGAGGUUGUCUUUUCAGAGGCGGAGACACACGAGCCCUAUCCUGGCAAUCGCGUGGUACUCUUGGCCAACUUCUGGCACCCUGACUUCAGUUUCAAGAAUGAUUCUGAGUGGCGGCAGAAGUCCGAUGCCAUGAUGGCCACGGUGGAUGUGGAAACUCUCCCACAAACGUCUAUAAUGAAAACACCAGCACAGCCGUAG